AUGUCGAGAAAGGAACGAUCAUCCCUCUCUUACCCCAUCCCCCGAUCUCAUUUCCGUCGCAUGAUCUACACGGAGGGUACCAAGUGCGUGGAUAUCGACAUGGACCAGCCGGCCAGCCAAGAAGAGAGGCGUUCCUGGGUUGCGGGCACGGCGCCUGCUAUCUACGUCAUGAAUUACCUACGAGAACUACCACCACUGCACCGACCACCGCCUUACAAACAAAGUGUGGACAGCAACGAGGGGGAAAAUGAAAUGUCAAGCGAGUGGGAGAGGAGAAACAGAAACAUCAUCCACCUUGGUUCCUUAAUUGAAGAGACUAUAAAGAGGCAUUUUUAUUCUUUCGUACUAAAGCUUCCGGGAAUAAUAUUGCCGAGCCGGGAGAUUCGUAAGUAA